GAUUCAUCAGUGAAGUCGCGGCCCCGACUGGAGUCCACGACUUCUGUUGCCGCCACAUCCCAAGCGAGUGAAGCCUCCACCCCGAAGGACGUGCCACCUGCGGAGCCCGGUGCCCCCGCGAGCCUUGACUCUGUGGUUGAGGGGAAGGGCCCGGAAAAGAAGGAGAGAAAUGAUGAAACUCGUUUGUCUGAUGAUGAAUGUGAGACCCCGGAAGAGAAGAAGCUCUAUGCGCGGAUGGAGGCAAAGAUCAGGCGAAUGUGCACUCCCAGCCCGACCACCGGCAAGACCACGGCCAGCCCAACGCUGAUGAAGGAAUGGAAGGACAAGGGCUACACGCGGACCCAGCUCGUCAAGAUCAUGAUCGAAGCGGACGGCGACAAGGAUCCUCAGAAAGAAGAACAGGCUGUGUUCCAGUCGAAGCUGGAGACGUGGCGCAAGACGGAGCAGUUUCGCAACGUCGCGACCAAGGGGGCAUGGUUCUCAGAGCCGGAUAUGAAGAAACCGGUGAGUGAAGGAGGUUUGGCCUUCACUACGAAGAAAGUGCAGAAGGUCAAGGACUUCUGCGAGAGACACGGCUUCGUUCGGAAAAACCAGUACGAUGACGACGAGCUGGAGUACUGGGUGGACUUUCGAACGGAGGGCAGCCGCGGGACGAAUGAGUCGGAUGGUGUCCUGGAGAAGAAGCAAGCCGAUACGACCGGCACCGGAGGGUUUGCUAUGGGGGCUUUGGGCGAUGGGCCCAUGCCAGAUCUUCCGAUUAACGGGGAUGGUGCUGCGGGGGUUGCCAAGGACUCCGGCAAGGCCUGCUGCUGCUUUGGGGCUUCUUAA